GCUGACUUCAUCUGACAGUCUUCAGCAGUGACUAUAACCUCUAAUUUUGAUUAAAGUCACUUAAUAAAUUGACAAACGUUAAUAAUAUUAAAUUCUUACGAUUUCUAAAUUAAAAACCAAAGAAAAUGCAGCGUAGUCAAUGCUUUUACCUCCUAAUAACAAUAUUACUACCUUUACUAGCCAGUGCUAACAUUGAAUAUGAUGGAAUAGUACAAAUUAAACUUGAGCAUGGCUUGGAUGGAACAGCCAACCCGAAAUUUACCGAACGUGGAAACAUCAGUAUUCCGAGUUUAAGACUUGGAACUUCAAUGGUGCAUCAGAAAAUUUCUGAUGAAGACAGAGUUAAAAUUCGUGCUUUGGGCUUAGCUAACAAGUAUUAUCAAUUGAGAGCUACAGUAAUCAAUGGAAAUGAUGAACAAGUGUAUAUUUCACUUGUUAAAGCUUGUAUGUUAAUUGAAGCAGAACUCAAUGAUAUAAUCACUGUUACUUUGGAUUAUACUGGAAAAGUGAUUACUGUUACACAGUCAAUUGCAUCUACUUCUACCUGCCAGGGAAGUUCAAAUGCUUUAAGCAAAUUGAAAGAGUUUAUGACUGAUGUUUAUGUGCGACAUACGCAUAGCGGACCAGCACCGGAUACCGCGUCUUAUAUCCAAAAAAUCGAGCGUGAACGUGAGGCACGUGAAAAGGGAGACGUCAAGGAUAAUAAAUCAUUCCUGGCGAAAUAUUGGAUGUACAUCGUGCCAGUGGUGCUCGUCAUGGCGUUAUCUUCAGCCGUUAACCCGGAGGCGGGGGCUGGUGGUGGUCAAAGAUAAAUAAGUAAGAUAUUAUAUUAUACUAGUCGAUUUUUCACCGUACGUCUAUAGUUAACUGACUAUAUUUAAAUAUUGCGCUAAGUAAUAAGUAAUACACGGUACAAAUUA